AUGUUUUCAGGUCUGAAUCUGGCCUUCUUUGGGGUUUCACGGUUGCAGCUGGAGGUGGAAGCUGAAACCAAUAUCAGGGCCGAGCGCGUCCUGCGCAUGCGCCAGGAUUCAAACUUUCUGUUGACGACCAUUUUGUGGGGCAACGUCAGUAUCAACGUGCUGCUCACGUUGUUGUCCAACUCCGUGCUGACGGGGGUGAUGGCGUUCGUUUUCUCAACCUUUGUGAUUACUUUUUUAGGCGAGAUCUUUCCGCAGGCCUAUUUCUCUCGCAAUGCGUUAAGGAUGGCAUCGUUACUUUACCCAAUUCUCCGGUUGUAUCAGAUUAUUCUCUAUCCGGUUGCCAAACCUGCAGCCAUGAUUCUGGAUGCGUGGCUUGGCAAGGAAUCUGCCGAACUGUUUCGAGAGCAGGUGAUCAAAGAUAUGUUGAUGAAACAUGUCGAAGCCCAUGAUAGCGAUGUGGGCGAAGUGGAGGGUAUCGGCGCGCUCAACUUUCUGGAGAUUGACGAUCUUGAGGCUUUUGAGGCGGGGGCGCUUAUCGACCCGUCCAGUGUGUUAAAGCUGCCGACAGAUAUAGAUCUGCCGCGCUUGCCCGAGCACAAACAGACCGCUGAUGACCCCAUCCUGCAGAAGAUUCACGCGUCUGGCAAAAAGUGGGUGGUGCUGGCAGACCUCAAAGGUGAGCCCCAGCUCCUGCUGGAUGCGGAUGAAUUCCUGCGUGCAUCGUUGCUCGAUAAAGGGCCGAUUAAUCCAUACAAGUAUUGUCACCGCCCGAUUAUCCUGACCAACCCAAAAACCAAAUUGGGUAAAGUGUUGCUCUUGUUGCGGCAGAGUAAAACGGUCAAUCGCGGGGUGAUUGAAAAUGAUGUUGUGCUGAUCUGGUCGUUGGAAGAAGAUGUCGCUUCGCGAGACGUGCGCGAUGAUAUGGGUGGCACUAUCGUAGCCUUUCAGCAUCUACAGGACCGCCGGUUAGACGAAGUCAGUUUCCUGCUUAAAAAUCCGAUACGGACCCGGGAUGGCUGGCAUUCGGAGCACAGUGUGGUGGUGGUAGCUGCGCCUAACAUGCCGUUCAUGGUCGAUUCUGUAUUAAUGGCCCUGUCUCAUGAUGGUUUGGUUACCCAUCACUUGAAUAAUGCUGUUUUUGCUGUGGAGCGUGACGCGGACGGCAAGCUCCUGAAUCUGUCCACUGAAGUCGAUCAUGCGAACCGCGAACUGAUCAUUUAUGCGGAAAUCGAUCGCUUGGAAGAUGAUGCUUUGCCCCAGCUGCAAUCCAAGCUUGAGUCCAUGGCCAAAGACCUGCAGGCCGCGGUCACCGAUUUCCCGAAGAUGAAAAUCAAGAUGGAGGCGUUGAUUGAUGACUUAAAGCACAAUCCGCCUCCUCUGGAUGAGCACGAUAUCAGCGAAAGUAUUGCUUUUCUGGAAUGGCUGCUGGCCAAUCAUUUCACUUUUCUUGGAGUGCGGGAAUUUCAAUAUAGCGACGGCGUCAUUCGUCAGACGGGUCAGGCAUUGGGUACCCAGCGGGUCAGACCUUCGGCGACGGAACGCACCAUCGCCGCGCAACCCCAGCGUACUCAGGAUUUUCUAUUGAAGCCUAAGCCACUCACGUUCUCCAAAUCCGGGACGAAGUCUCGAGUGCACCGGCCAGCAUAUCCAGAUUACGUGGGUAUCAAACAGUUUGAUGAGCAGGGUCGUGUCAUUGGUGAAACGGGCUUUUUAGGACUCUACACCUCCAGGGUAUACAUGGAGUUGCCAGAACGUAUUCCUGUCGUUCGCCACAAAGUGUCAAACGUUCUGCAAAGGUCCGGUCUGGAUCCAUCAGGUUUUGACGGCAAAGUUCUGGGGCAGGUUUUAGCAACCUAUCCACGUGAUGAACUGUUUCAGAUCACUGAAACAGAGCUGUAUGAAACAGCAAUGGUCAUUACGGAUAUACAUGAGCGCAGGCGUGUCCGUGUGUUCGCACGUUACGACGCGUACGGGUUGUUUGUGAACACUCUGGUGUACAUGCCCAGAGACCUGUUCAGCACCUCGGUCCGGUUAGAGCUGGAAGCGCUGUUGGUGAAGACUUUUGCUGCUGAAGACUCUGAAUACGAUAUUCUGUUAUCGGAAUCGAUUCUUAUAAGGGUUCAGUUCAUUCUGCGCGUGAGCCCCGGCCAACAGAUUCAAGUCGACCGCAUUGGGCUCGAACAGCGUAUCGCUGAACUGAUAGGCGAUUGGAAUUCAGAGCUCUACGAAGCGCUGGUCAGUCAAUUCGGCGAACGUGCUGCGUUAGUUAUGCGCAACAGCUAUGCGGACGCUUUUUCCGCUGGUUACCGCGAGUCUUUUACAACCAUUGAUGCGAUUGAUGAUAUCCAGGUGAUCGAGCAGUUAACUGAGCUUUCACCCCUCAGUACACGGCUUUAUCGCGUACCUGGUGAUCCGUCAGAUCUCCUGCAUCUGAAGAUAUUUCAUCGGGGAGCAGCUUUGCCGCUAUCUGAUGUGGUGCCUAAGCUUGAAAACCUGGAUCUGCGCGUCAUCGGCGAACACCCCUACGCGGUGGCUCGCAAGGAUGCAGAUUCUGUUUCGAUUCAGGUUUACGAACUCCGAUUUACCGGUGAGCUGGAUCUGCAGGAAGGCGGUGAGGAUCUGAACGAUGCAUUUAUCAAUGUCUGGAAUGGUUUUGCUGAAGAUGACAGCUUUAACCGUCUGAUCUUGCGAGCAGGUUUGUCCUGGCGACAGGUGAGUGUCCUGCGCGCCUUUGCUCAGUAUAUGAAGCAAAUUAGAUUUGGCUUCUCCCAGGCGUUUAUCAGUGAGGCAUUGUUUCGUCACGCGGACACUGCCAGCCUGUUGGUGGACUAUUUUGAACGUAAAUUUGCAGUGGACGGUCAGGACUCUGAUAGUGCCUCAGUGCUCGAUCUGGAAAGUAUCAAGCAACGUAUAACCACUGCGUUGGAUGACGUGGAGCUUUUGAACGAAGACCGUAUUCUGCGUCGGUUUCUGGAACUCAUGGAUGCCAGUAAGCGCACCAACUAUUACGUGACAGAUGCCGAAGGUAAGCAUCGUCCCUUUCUGUCUAUCAAGUUUAUGCCCAGGGAAAUCACUGCCAUGCCUCUACCGGUGCCGCUGUACGAGAUCUUCGUCAGUGCACCCUAUCUGGAAGGCGUCCAUCUUCGUGCAGGCAGCAUUGCGCGAGGUGGCCUGCGUUGGUCGGAUCGCCUUGAAGACUACCGUACAGAAGUGCUGGGUCUGGUCAAAGCCCAGGUGGUCAAAAAUGCUGUCAUUGUGCCAACGGGUGCAAAAGGUGGCUUUGUGAUCAAGGACGCUCGAGCGGGAAUUGAUGGAUACCAGGACUUCAUCCGUGCUCUGUUGGAUGUCACAGAUAAUAUUGUAAAUGGCGAAGUGAAAACACCGGAUCAGGUGGUGGCCGUAGAUAACUCUGACCCGUAUUUUGUUGUCGCUGCAGAUAAAGGCACAGCCACCUUUUCCGAUACAGCCAAUAAUAUUUCCAGGACAUACGAUUUCUGGUUAGGGGAUGCAUUUGCAUCUGGCGGUUCUAACGGCUAUGACCAUAAAAAAAUGGGCAUUACUGCUCGAGGUGCCUGGGUCUCAGUGCAAAGGCACUUCGCUGAAAUGAAUAUAGACGUGCAGACAGAUCCAAUCACAGUGCUUGGCGUCGGUGAUAUGAGCGGUGACGUUUUUGGUAAUGGCGUGUUGAGAUCGGAAUCGUUGUUGUUGGUCGCCGCGUUCAAUCACCUGCAUAUAUUUAUUGACCCAAACCCCGAUGCAGCGGCCAGUUAUGCUGAGCGCCAACGCCUGUUUGCGUUGCCACGUUCCAGUUGGAGCGACUACAACGAGGCAUUGAUCAGCGCUGGCGGUGGCGUAUUUUCGCGCACCAGCAAACGCAUCACCGUGACCCCUGAAAUGUCUGCUCGAUUUGAUAUACCACAAGGCGAUAUGGCGCCUGAUGAUCUCAUCCACGAACUGUUAAAGAGCCCUGUUCAGCUGAUCUGGAAUGGUGGUAUCGGAACGUACGUGAAAGCCAGUUCUGAGAACCACGAAGAAGUUGGUGACAGAAUCAAUGAUCACCUGCGCGUUAACGCUGACGAACUCAAAGCCAGGGUGGUUGGUGAGGGCGGUAAUCUGGGGAUUACGCAACGCGCGCGGGUAGAGUUUGCGCUGAAAGGUGGCGCCGUUAAUACAGACUUUAUUGACAACUCUGCAGGUGUCGACUGUUCCGACCACGAAGUGAAUAUAAAAAUUGUUUUAAACGAAUUGGUUGCGCGUGAAGAUUUAACGCGCAAGCAACGCAAUUCCGUUUUGGAAUCAAUGACGGACGAAGUGGCCGCUCUGGUGUUGGCCAACAGCUUUGAUCAGGCGCAAACGUUAAGCCUGGCGGUACGGCAUGAGAAAGGUCAUCAGAGUGAGUACCAGCGCUUGAUGGGUGUGCUGAGUACCCAUGCCGGAUUGAACAGGGCGCUUGAAUUCCUGCCCUCGGAUGAGAGUCUGGCGGAAAGAUAUGUGAAUGAAGACAGUUUAACCCGCCCUGAACUCGCGGUGCUUCUGACCUAUACCAAAACAUACAUCAAAAACUGCCUGAUUGAGGGGGCUGUGCAUCAGGAUCCGCUGAUUGCUCAACGGAUAGUCAAUGCGUUCCCUCAAUCGCUGGUAGCGCAGUUUGAGGCGGACAUCAAAUCGCAUAGGCUUGCGCCGGAAAUCAUAGCAACUCAACUUGCCAACGAAAUUGUUGGUCACAUGGGUAUCACGUUUGUCUCGAGUUUAAGUGAGUCAGUCGGCUGUGCAGUCAUCGAUGUUGCCAAAGGCUACGCUGUCGCGGCGGCCUGUUUUGACUUUUCUACCUGGUUUGACGUGGUUGCCACGGCGCCGGGGCUCAAUGCGCAACAACAGCUGCAUGUUCUUGAUAGCGUGGCUCAGUUAGGCAGUCGCUCAACGCGCUGGAUUUUGCGGAACUGUGAUGUAACGGGCUCCCUCGAAACAUUAGUGAACCGGUUUAAACCAGCGCUGGAUGUUGUAGCGCACUCUGCAGCGCCUAACAUCCCGGAGUCCGAUCUGGAUACCGCCGUCAGUGCGGCGCUUGAGAAAGGCGGAUUACCUGCGCAUCUGGCCCAGCACUGGAGUGAUGUGCAGGUUUUCACGCAGAUGCUGCCGGUUGUUGCUGUUGCAGAACAGCAGGGUUGCGAUGUCGCGGCUCUGGUCGACGUCAGUGGUCGGGUUGCAGCGCAGUUAAGCAUUGAUUGGUUAGUUUCCCGGUUAACCGAUUUGAACACGGAUUCACAUUGGCAGGCCCUGCAGAUUGAUGCUUUAUACGACGAUCUGUUCCGCCUGCAAUGUGCGUUCAGUGCACAUGUGCUAAUAACGGCGGACGGUGAUUUUGCACAAUGGCAGCGCCAGAACCCCGGUGCCCUUAACAGCUGGUUUAGCGCCAUAGAAGAGGUGCAAACAUCGGGCGCGACGGAUAUCGCUUUGUAUGCGCUUAUCGUGCGGCGGCUGACGGAUACCUGUGGGAAAUUGGGAUGUGUGGAUAACGUCAGCACGUAUAGCAAGAUGCGUCGUUACGGCGUGGCUGGCGAGCGCCAGUUUAUCAUCUGCACAGCGGGUAAUCUGGCCACAACGCAAGGCGUGAUCGCUCAGGUUGAACGGGAUAUGCGUGAUGACGUCGAAGUCAAUCUCAUGAACGUCAGCUCCGUUGCUGAAGCUGCCAGUUACGUUGGUGCGCUUAAUCUUGAGCAGCAGAAAAAGAAUACGGGUGGCGGUCCGGUUUUUGAGGCCAGUCUGCUGCUGGGUGGGGAGGUGGCUGGCGCGCCGCGACGUCUGUUCAGAAUAUAUGCUGAGGGUAACUAUAUCGAAACCUCUGAUCAGACACCUUUCCUGCAGAUCGGCGAAUCGAAGUACGGCAAACCUAUCCUUGACCGUGUGCUGUCGGUGGACACGCCGCUGGAACGAGCCGCCUUAUGUGGGCUGGUAUCCAUGGAUGCCACGAUGCGCAGUAAUCUCACUGUUGGGCCGCCGAUAGAAGUGUGCAUAUACACUACAGGUAGUUUAGCGCCGUGCCGGUAUGUCUCAUACGAUGAGGACAGCGAUUUUCUGCGUACACUGAAAAGUAACUGGAACCAGGAGAUCAAGAAGGCGUUCGACCGAAUGCCCCACAUGGUGUCGUUGAUCGCGGACAUGACCGUGAUCAAUCCGUUUGACUUUUUUCUUGAGGAAUCAGCCCAGGAAUACCCGUUCAGCUACGACAGACAGCUCAAGCGUGACCUCGCGCCUUAUCUGGAGAUCACAGACAAAGGGCCGUUGUUGACUAAAUGGCUGAAGGACGUGAAACGUAAACCUACCGCGCUGGUCGACUUCCUUGUGGGUUUGAACCAGCGGGUACAGGGUGACGUUGGUUAUCUGGUGCGCAUGGAGCCGGGUGUUCAAACCUGUGAAGAAACACUUGGAUUAGCCUGUGGCUCGUGUCGCGACAGUGGUUGGUUGUUGGUGCAGAUUCUGCGUCACCUUGGUCUGGCUGCGCGUUUUGUGUCCGGGUAUCUGGUACAGCUGAAGGCUGAUCAGGAAGCCCUGGAUGGACCGUCUGGUACAACAGAAGACUUUACUGACCUGCAUGCCUGGGCAGAAGUCUACCUGCCCGGUGCUGGAUGGAUAGGCUUAGACCCCACCUCAGGGUUGCUGGCCGGAGAAGGCCACAUCCCCCUUGCCUGUACACCUGAUCCAGGAAGUGCUGCACCGGUUACCGGCGCAAUUGAGUCUGCAGCCGUCGAAUUUGAUUUUUUCAAUAAAGUUGAGCGGGUACACGAAGAUCCCCGGGUCACCAAACCCUAUGACGCUGCGCAAUGGGACGCAAUUAAAAAGCUUGGUGACAAAGUUGAUCGCCAGUUGGAAAAAGGUGAUGUGCGGCUGACCAUGGGCGGUGAGCCCACCUUUGUUUCGAUUGAUGACAUGGACGGUCCGGAAUGGAACUACACUGCGCUGAGUGAAGACAAGCGGGCGCUUGCUGGAAAGCUGCUGCAGAGGUUGCGGGCGCAGUUCGCGCCAGAUGCAUUGCUGCACUUCGGUCAGGGUAAAUGGUAUCCCGGUGAGCCGUUACCUCGUUGGGCGCUGUCCAUGUUCUGGCGACAGGAUGGCAAGCAGGUGGUGCUGCACCCGGAUGUUGUUGCGGAUACGGAUGAAGCGCAAAGUUGUAGCGUUGCAGAUGCGUUCCGCUUAGCCCAGGCGUUAGCUGAAGGCCUGGGUAUAAAUUCGGAAUAUAUUGUGCCGGGCUAUGAAGAUCCGCAACACUACCUGCAGCAAGAGGCGCGCCUGCCGAUAAACGUGGAUCCUUCAGACCCUAAGCUUGAAGAUCCGCUGGAGCGAGAGCGAAUGGUUCGCCUGUUUCAGAGAGGUUUGAAUAAGGUCAGUGGCUAUGCUCUGCCGAUCAAAUUUAAAGGCGAAGCCGACGGUGGCUAUUGGAAAUCCAGUCGCUGGCCGUUCCGACAGGACAAAAUGAUUCUGCUGCCAGGUGACUCUCCCAUGGGUUUGCGCCUGCCGUUAGCAUCGCUGCCCUGGAAGGCGCCGGAAGAGCGGGACAUUGAAACUCAGCGUGAUCCGUUUGAAUCAUUGGAUGCGUUAAACGAAGCGGGUGAUCAAGUUAACGCCGCCGCCGCCCCGUUGACUGAUGCGGACGACGAUGAAAUUGUACACACAGCGUUGUGUCUGGAAGUGCGUGAGGACAAGCUCUAUGCUUUUAUGCCUCCUGAAGAUCGGUUAGAGGUAUAUCUCGCCCUUGUUGAUGCCAUUACAACGGCAGCAAAUUCAGCUGGUCUGUCUGUGAUUCUGGAAGGCUACGAACCGCCACGUGACCCGCGUUUGCAGAUUCUGCAGAUCACACCUGAUCCGGGUGUCAUAGAAGUGAACGUUCAUCCGGCAUCGAACUGGCGUGACCUGGUGAGCAAUACCGAAAUCCUGUAUGAACAAGCGCGCCAGUGUCGAUUGGGUACUGAGAAAUUUAUGUUGGAUGGCCGGCAUUCAGGCACCGGUGGUGGUAAUCACGUCACCCUGGGUGCUGCUCAACCCGUGGACAGCCCGUUUCUCAGGCGGCCCGAUCUGUUGCGCAGUUUUAUUACAUACUGGCAGCGUCAUCCGAGUUUGUCUUAUCUCUUUUCCGGUAUGUUUAUCGGUCCCACCAGCCAGGCACCUCGUGUAGAUGAAGCGCGGGACGAUAACCUUUAUGAACUUGAAAUUGCCAUGGGACUUUUGCCCGAAGGUGAGACAGAACAACUCUGGCAGGUGGACCGUCUGCUGCGAAAUUUUCUCAUCGACCUGACCGGGAAUACCCACCGAGCUGAAUUUUCCAUUGAUAAGCUCUACUCGCCUGAUGGACCUACCGGGCGCAAAGGCCUGGUAGAGCUGCGCGCGCUGGAAAUGCCGCCACAUGCGCAGAUGAGUCUGGUGCAGAUGCUGCUGAUUCGCGCCAUGGUUGCGCGCUUCUGGCGCAAACCCUACAGGCAGCCGUUGAUUCGCUGGGGUACGGAACUACAUGAUCGGUUCAUGUUGCGCCAUUGUGUUUGGGAAGAUAUGCAGGAGGUGUUGGCAGACAUGUCACGAGCGGGCUAUGCCUUCGACGAGGAAUGGUUUGCACCCUUUCGCGAGUUUCGCUUUCCGCUGCUUGGCAGUUUCGAGGCCCAGGGUAUGCAGGUUGAUGUGCACAACAGCCUGGAACCCUGGCAUGUGCUUGGCGAAGAAGCGACGGCCCAGGGUACCGCUCGUUACGUGGACUCUACCGUUGAACGACUGCAGGUCUCUGUAAAGGGCUUAAAAGGCGAUCGUUAUCAGGUUUUGUGUAACGGUCGUCCGCUGCCACUGCGCUCCACCGGCGAGCGGGGUAGUGCGGUGGCGGGUGUUCGCUUCAAAGCCUGGGCGGCGCCGUCCAGCUUACACCCUACCAUCGAUGUGCAUUCGCCGCUGGUGUUCGAUCUGGUCGACACCAGCAAUCAGCGAUCUAUCGCUGGCGCCACCUAUCAUGUUUCACACCCCGGUGGGCGCAACUACGAUACUUUCCCGCUCAAUGCUAAUGAGGCAGAGGCGCGUCGAGGUGCCAGAUUUUUCGGUCAUGGUGGUUCGCAGGGGCGACUCAAAAUAAAGUCUGAAGUGCCUCAUCCGGAUCAGCCGUACACACUGGUAUACGCCGCCUGGGUAUCGUCUGAUACCGUCAUCCCACCGGCAACGGCGAUGGACGUGUUGCCACAGGUUGGUACGGGUACACGCAUCGAUCUGCGCCAUGCGAAGCUCACCAGUGAGGAAAGUGUGCAGAAUCACGUGUUAGACGGCACUGUUCGUCAGCUUGAGCAGAGAUGGUUUGCCGGGUACUCAGAAGCGAUCGGGGAAGUGCAGAUUCAACUUUAUCCUGAUAGCGAGCGAUAA